UGUUUGUUUGAUUUCUAUUCUUCUCUUUCAGGCUGUGUUGGGGAAAGGUGCUUUACGCAUAUCUACUCCAGGCCAGGAACCUCUCAGGUGCAGAUGCAGUCAAUGCCCUAAGACCUUUCUAUUUUGCUGUGCAUCCUGAUUUCUUUGGUCAGCAUCCAAGAGAGAGAGAGGUCAAUGAAAACUCCCUAAAAAGGUUAAAUGGAUACCUGGAGAAUCUUCAGAAGCCUGGACAUCAUUCACACAAGCCAGCCCAGCUCACAUUUUAUGUUCGAGAAACUGAGCAGACUUCUGAGAAUGACCAAGAAUCCUCCAAAAUUCAAGGAUUCCGAACGGUCAGCUUCACUUUAGAUAGCAGAGACCUGCUUAGCACGGUAUUGGGUAUUCUCAGUUCCUGCAGCUUGUCCACAGACCAUGUCCAAAGUUCGGUUAAAGGUACAGCCUCUCCAAAGAAAGGAGCGACCACAUUUUACAGACCGAUCAAGUGGGACAAGAGCUAUUAUGCCUUCACUGGAUUCAAGGACCCAGAGGAAGAACUGGAACAAGCACAGAGAGCAGAAAUAACUAUUAUUCCAUGGUUAGAAAGUAACCAAGGAGUAGCCCUAAAGAAGCUGCAAGACAGUAUUCCUCUAAGAGAAGAACUAGAACGUUUAAAGAAAGAUUUGUCCGACCAACUUCAGUUGUCUGAUGUCCGAUGGCAGAGAAGUUGGGGUAUUGCUCACCGUUGUGGGCAACUUCAUAGCCUAAGCCGACUAACUCAACAAAGCAGUGAGUCUUUAAAGAUGGCCAAGGGACGCGUAGUGAUAUUUACAGAUCGAACAGGCAUGAGUGCAGCAGGACAUGUACUGCUUGGGACCACAGAUGUCCAUCACCACUGGACCAAGCUCUUCGAAAGUAUACCCAGCUACUACCUCCUUCAAAGAAAGGUACUGCAGCUACAGGACCGAGUCAGCCAUCUGUUAGGAGGUAUAGAAAUUGUGCACAUUGAAGAGCUGCAACCACUGCUAUCCAUGGAGGAAUAUUACUCAGCCCUAGAUGCCUUCUCUAACAAGCUGCUGAAAAGAAGAGUCCCUAUCCAUCCUCGCAGUCUACGAGGCCUGCAGAUGAUUCUUGAUCGUUUUGUGCCACGGUUACAUGAGAUGGGACACUUCAGCAUACCAUCUGUAUUUGAUCCUGCAUCCCUGCAAUGGUUUCUUCUGACACAUGCACAGAAAGCAAGAGACAACCUGAAAAGGAAAGAGGAGUUAAAAAUUGUAGAACAGGAGCUAACCAAAGCUUGCAAGGAAAGAGCUUCUCUGAGCAGACUAUAUAAGGAGCCCAGUGUAUCCAGCAAACAAAUGAUUGAUUGUUGUCGACGACUGAUUGAGGAACCAUUGCCUAGUCUGGAUGGCAUGCACCUCUGUGUCUCCCAUUUCUACUCAAUUCUGCAAGAUGGAGACUUGUGUAUACCGUGGAACUGGAAAAGCAAAUCAUAG